UUGUAACCGUAACUGCAAAAGUCUGUUUUGCAACUGCAGUUUUCGUAGUUUUGGAGUCGAAAUGUUAUAGUAUCUGUUUAUUUUUUCUAAAUAAAUUAUAAUAAUUGUUACUAAAAAUCUCUAAAAUAUAGUUUAUAGUUAUAUUUCUGUUCUAUAAAAUUGUAAAAUAUCCAGGGCAAUGAGUGGUAAUGGACAAAAUCAUCAAGUACCUGAUGCUCAUGAUGCAGCAGCAGCUGAAGAUCCUGAUGAUGAUGAUGAUUUUGGUGAAUUCGAAGGAUUUGAGGGAGGUAUAGAGAGAAUGCAAGCACAACCUGCUCCAUCUCCUUGGGCUACAUUUCCAGAUUUGCUACCAGUUCAAACUAGUCCUGCAACUCCUGCUGAAGAUGGACAAGCUUCAUCUUCAAGAGGCCCUAACCCUCCCAGAGAUUGGCAACCACCUUCUCCUGUCUUGCCAUGGCCUGGUCCUAGUGCAGGUCAUGAGGAACCUAGGCCUAUGCCUCAACAAAUGAGAACACUUAAUCCACCAGAUGUUUCUCUUGGAACUAAUCAAGCUGUUGGAGGGCGUGUAACACCAGAUAAUGUGCAUGAUGCUGCUCUUGCUGUUUUAAUGGACCAUAUGGACAGUGGAAUAGAACCAAGAUUACCUGUAGCUCAAAUAGACAGACUAAACCAACAAUUGGAAAAUGCUGAGCACAAUAGAGUUUUACUUGAAGAGCAAAUUGAUGGUUUAAGGGAAAGGAAUAUUGAACUGGAACAGCAAGUGGCCAAUAGUCAAGCUCAGAUUAAUGAACUUAAUAAUAGGUUGCAAAGAAAUCAGGAAGUUCUAGAACAAAGACUAGCUGAAAUGAGGCAAUUAAAUACAGUUGAUUGGAGACAAGAUCUAAGGCAGAUACAAGAAGAAGUAGCUGCUAUUAAACAGACUCAAAUAAUUGAAAGAAAUGAAAUCGAAGCAUCUAGGCAUAAUUUAGAAGAAAUGAAAACUGGUAUCUGUUGCAGGCUCCAAGAUUUAGAAACUAAUAUACAAAGAGAAUAUAUUGAGAUGGAAAAAAGAUUAUCCAAUAAAUUUGAUGAACAAUGCCACCAAGUAAAAGCUGCCAUUGAAACCAUUGUUCAGCAAACAGCUCAACAUGUUUCUGGAAAUAUAUCACAGCUUGUUUGUGAAGCUGUGCAGAACUCAAAUUGUGGGGACCAUCAAGGCAGUAACUUAUUGCAAUCUAUUAAAGUAGAAUUAGAAAAGCAUAAAGAUCAACAAAAACGGGUUCUAGAAGAAGAAAGACAAAGACAGUUAAUAACUGUGUCCUCUGCACUUCAGUCAGCACUGCAACAUCUAAACAGUGCGAUUAAUAAUGACUCUAAUAUUAAAGAUGGGAACAUAUCUUGAUCAGUCUCGAUGGAAGAGAACUUUGCACAAAUUAUGAAGUUUGUUUCCUUUCUGUUAUAAAGAAAAAAGUGUUAAAUGUGAAAUAUUGUGUUACACAGAUGUGUACGUAUGCAUUUCUUAUCUCUGUAUAUAAUAAUAUGUUCCAAAGUAUGCACUGAUUAUUGUGGCAGUGUAAUUUUAUUACAAUAUUUGUAAAUAGUAAAUAAAUGUUUUGAUGUUUAAA